ACCAUUUCUACAGGGCACUAUUAGUGCGAAGUUCAAUUGGCAAAUUUUUUUUAUUUUUUUAAUUUAAAAAUCUAUUAUUUUUUUUUUAUUUUCUUUAAUUUUUGUUCUUUGAUUAUACAAUAAUUAAAAUGUCUGUUUUGCGUUUAAUUGGGAACUCCUUUUUUAAAAAUCUAAAUUUGCAAAUAAAUGUUCCAAGGACACUUCCUUCCAUAUCAGCAUCUUCAAAUCGUUUGAUGUCAUACUAUCCUAUUAAUGACGAUUUUUUUGGCUUAAAUGAUGAUAAAAAGCAACUCCGCGAAACAGCAUUUAAUUUCUUUCAAAAAGAAUUGGCACCAUAUGCAAACGAAAUUGAUAAAAAUGAUGAUUUUAAAGAUUUUCGAGGAUUCUGGAAAAAAAUGGGUGAUCAAGGUUUUCUGGGUAUUACUGUACAACCUGAAUUUGGUGGGACAGGUGGAGAUUACUUAGAUCAUUGCAUUAUUAUGGAAGAAUGUUCCAGAGCUGCUGGCGGUAUUGCAUUGUCAUAUGGAGCACAUUCAAAUUUGUGUGUAAAUCAAAUAAAAAAAAAUGGAACAAAGGAGCAAAAAGAAAAAUAUUUACCAAAAUUGAUUUCGGGUGAGCAUAUUGGCGCUUUGGCAAUGUCAGAGCCCGGAUCAGGAAGUGAUGUUGUUUCAAUGAAACUACGUGCUGAAAAAAAUGGGGAUCAUUAUGUUCUGAACGGAACAAAAUUCUGGAUAACCAAUGGUUCAAAUGCUGAUAUUAUAGUUGUAUAUGCUAAAACUGGACCAAAAGAUACUGUUGGAAAACAUGCGAUCACUGCUUUUAUUGUAGAAACAAAGUGGGACGGUUUCAGUACUGGUCAAAAACUUGAUAAACUUGGAAUGCGAGGUAGCCCAACCGGUGAACUUAUAUUUGAAAAUGUAAAAGUACCUGCCGAAAAUAUUUUGGGUGAAAUUAAUAAAGGUGUAUACGUUCUAAUGUCAGGAUUAGAUUAUGAACGAAUGGUUUUAGCUGCCGGGCCAGUUGGUUUAAUGCAAGCUGCUUGUGAUAUUUCAUUUGAUUAUGCUCAUCAAAGGAAACAGAAAGGUCAAUUGAUUGGAGAAUUUCAAUUGAUACAAGGAAAAAUGGCUGAUAUGUAUACAACUUUAAAUGCCUGUCGUUCAUAUUUGUAUAAUGUUGCUAGAGCAUGUGUUAAAGGAAAUGCUGUACCAAAAGAUUGUGCUGGUGCUAUUUUAUAUUGUGCAGAAAAAGCAACACAAGUCGGACUUGAUGCUAUACAAAUAUUAGGCGGUAAUGGAUAUAUUAAUGAUUAUCCUACUGGGAGAAUUAUGCGUGAUGCAAAAUUAUAUGAGAUUGGAGCAGGAACUUCAGAAAUUCGACGUUGGUUAAUUGGCAGAUCAUUAAAUAAGGAAUAUAGCUUUAAAUAAGAAAAAAAAAAUUUUUUUCAAAAGGAUUUUUUUUUUUUUGCAUAUUCAAUUUAAAGACUCUUAAAUUGCAUUUAUUAUCGUUAUUAAUGUUGUAAAUAUAUAAAAAUAAUUAAUAGUUUAAUUAAUAUGAAAUUAUUAAUUUCGUUAUACAAUCAAUAAGAAAUUAUUUUUCUCUGAAUUAUAUAAUUUGUCAUAUCAAAGAAUAAAGUGCCUUAUAUGUAUAUACC